AUGGCUAUAGAGGCUGCUCCGACUCCAACACGGAGACGGUGGAGGGUCACUACUAAGCCAUCCCAGGGUGAAGGACACGUCAUGCGCACUCAUCGCAAGACACGUGGAACGGAUGAGCAGUUUUUGGCGCUCACCGCCACCACUGAUCUCAUGUGUUACUCACAAGCUGUUGGGCAUCCGCAAUGUGUCUCACAAGUGGACUAUGCGACAGCUGGAUGUCCACAAUACCUUCCUGAACGGGCACUUAUCCGAGACAGUUUACAUGAAACAGCCUCCUGGAUACGAGGAUCCCGCACAUCCGGAUCACGGUUCUUGGCCUCCAAGACUGAUGUGUCGUUUCAUUACACCAUCGGUGACUCUAGGGUGUUCUUGCUUGUAUAUGUCGAUGACAUCAUUAUGAUGGGCACCGAUCUGGUCUUUAUUGAUUCACUCCUCCGACGUCUCUCGUCUACAUUUAAGAUUAGGGACCUGGGCAAGCCUACCUUCUUUCUGGGCAUUGAGACUUUAUCUGACGGGGAUGGAUUCGUUUUAUCGCAGCGCAGGUACAUGGCAGAUAUACUAUCUCGUGCGGGUAUGACGGUCUGCAAAGCCUUGGCUACACCAGCUUCAGUCACUAAACCGGCUACACCCUCACCCGAUCCGUUUGAUAAUCCAACCCAAUACCGCAGGAUCGUUGGGGCACUACAGUAUCUAACCAUCACUCGCCCUGAUCUCUCCUUUGCGGUCAAUUGGCUCUGCCAGUUUAUGCACUCUCCGACACAGGAUCACGGGGGUUUGCUCAAGCGUGUUCUCCGAUAUUUCAAAGGUACCCUUGACUACAGGUUGCGUCUAGCCCCCUCAUUAACCUCUGCGCUCCAUGCUUUUUCUGACUCAGAUUGGGUCGGGUGUCCAGUCGACCGGAAAUCCACUAGUGGCUAUGCCGUCUUUCUUGGGUCUAAUCUCGUAUCCUGGCUUUCCUGCAAGCAAUGCACCGUAGCACGUUCCUCGACUGAGGCAGAAUACAAGGGACUUGUCGACGUAUCUGCCGAAGUUACCUGGGUUGUCUCGUUGCUUUGGGAAUUGGGUCUGCAUUCUGGUAGUCCUGCGACACUAUGGUGUGACAAUCUGGGCGCCACAUACUUAGCAGCUAAUCCGGUGUUUCACGCUAGGACGAAACAUGUCGAGAUUGACUUUCACUUUGUCUAUGAUAAAGUUGCUGCUGGGGAUUUCAUUGUCAACUUCAUUUCAACCAAAGACCAACUCUCUGACAUCUUCACCAAACCUCUACCAGCACCGCGUUUUCAGGCUCUUUGA